GUGCAUUUCUUAAGUUUUUUUUCCGAUACAUUUCUAUUGCAUUCCAUAAUUAUAAAUUCCAAUCUACUUCAAAGAUGUCCAACAACAAUAAUGGUCAAUGGGAAACUGUAACAAAAUCGAAGAAAUUUAAAAAUCUCGAGAAAAAGGUUGUGGCCCACAAAGAAAAGAAGCGUGAAGAAGCACUGAAACCGAAAUUAGAUGAAAUAUUGCCUUCCCAUCAAAUUCGAAAAUUGCUCAAUGAACGCGGCAAGGCUGGUAGCAAAGAUGUUUCCCCUUCAAAAUCAAAUACAAGUACGAAAUCGAAAACAUCAACGCCCAAAAGAACAGUCACCAAGAGUAAAGAUCAAACUGAUACAAAGAAAGCGAAAUCCGACCAGCCCAAACAGCCACCAAAGCCGAAAAGUUUGGACCAAGCUUUUAAAGCAUUAACUCCAAAAGAUUUUACCAUUCAAUUAGAACAUUUCCAAUUGUUAUAUCCCGGUGCGAAAUUAACUUGGUUAAAAGCGAUAACCGGUUAUAUAAAUUCGAAUUUACAAUUUGAAUGUGAUCCUGUUUUUUCUGGUCGCUCUACAUCAUAUCCUGGAAAUUUAGCUUCAUCCGAAUUUAAACAAACAUUAAUUGACUUCUUGUCAUCGGAGGGUGAAGAAAAUCUAAAUUACUUUUUCCAUUAUACUCUAUUGGAGAGUAUGUGUACUGAUUUAAAUAACAAUUUACCUGUUGUAGGGUACAAAUUUAUGUUACAAUUAAUAGCUAGAAAUUGGCCACAAAUUUGUUCCUCAAAUAUGGCCAGUACCGCAAUGCUAAAACAUUCCUAUCAAAAUCGUAGCAAUAUCUGCUUAAGUAUAUUGUGGGCGAUAGGUCAAGGAGGCUAUGAAAAUCUGAUGGUGGGCAUAAGAGUGUGGCAAAAUUUAAUGCUUCCAAAUUUAGAGAUGAAAAGUUACUCUCGCUUUGUAACCGAGUACAUUGAAAAGAUUUUGAAUGUGGCCACGGAUCAAAGAAUACAAUUGAAUCAAAAUGAAUUCUUUGAAAUAUAUAAUGCUUUGAAGGCUCACUAUCCUAGUUUACCCCGAGAUUGCCAACAAUCUUUAGUUAGAAGUUCGGAAAUGUUUUUGCAAAAAUUCAUUAGGAAUUGCAAUAAACAUGCAAAUCUCUUCCUUACACUCCUACGCAGUAUUGAGAAUCCUACUAAGAGCAGUAUUGAAACGAAUGGUUGCCUUUCGUGUCUCUUACAUAGUGAUGAGGACUGUUUUAAGGUGUGGAAAAUGAAUUACAAAAAACAGUUGUUACCCACCAUUUAUUUGUUACAAAAAAUUGAAUAUGAAUUAGCUGAAAGUGCUUCAUCAUUGGCAAUGUCUUCUGCAUUCCAUGAUUUUCUAAAAGAUGCUGUACAAUUGAAUGCUGAGUUGGAUUCGGCUAAAAAGCGCGACCCAAAUCUGGAUACCUUAAUAGCUCUAGUUGCGGCCGUAAACACAAAGGCAGGUCAACAGAAAAAGAAACAAACUGCCGAAAAGAAAAAGAAAUGCGGCUGCUGUAAAUGGACUUUGGGAUCUAUAUUGCUCAUUGCGUUGAUCGCCGGAGCUUUGUUCUAUGAUACCGAAGUCAAUGGCAAGGGUGUAUUUGCUAAAUCGGCAACCGGUAAAGUUCUACAGAAUGCCGGUCUGUUGCCCCAUGUCGAAAAGGCCUGGUACACAACAAUGAGUACAGCGGCACGCGGCUACAAAUGGGCCGAGAAGACAUUGCCACCCUAUACUCAACCCGCCUUCAAAUUGGUUUGUGAUUUAACGAAAUUAUUCCGUAAUGCUGCUUGCAAUGCAUUCACCGUCACCAAAGAAGUGAUCAAUGCUAAAUUGCCUGUUGCAGCUCAAUUUUUGGAGCAAUACGUGCCCGGUUUGCCCAAGAAAAUUGAAGAUAGUGCCGUCACUGUUAAGACCGCUUCUGUUGAUGUUUAUGGUAAACUUGUUGCUUUCUUCAAGACACAAGUGUUGGUUGGCCGUUUCUCACCUGAAAACUUGAGCAAAGCUCUAAACCAAACACAAAACUUGGCCUUGGAAUACUACAAUCAAUUCCAUAAAAAGGUUGAUGCUUAUGCCAAACUGAAAUGAUUUCCUCAAACAUCAUCUCGACGUAUAUCACUCUAAACACACAAAUAAUAAACAUUCACAUCUAGAAAGAAAC